UGAUUAUUUAAUUAUUUAUUUAAUUCAAAUUAUUAUGAAACUCGGACUCGAUUGAAGUUGAUCACAUCACAGCAUCAGCAACAGAAUUAAUUUAAAGAGCUUGCAGUAUGUCCCGUUAAAAUUAUUAUUAUAUUUAUAAUUUCAGAGAUGAGCACCUCAUUCGGGGUUCACAUAGGGAAUACUUCCGCUUGUAUCGCGGUUAGUAAAGAGGGGAAAACGGAUGUCGUGGCUAAUGAUGCAGGAGACAGGGUUACCCCGGCUAUGGUUGGAUUCCACGACAACGAGAUAAUCGUCGGUUUGGCCGCUAAACAAGGCAGGAUACGUAAUCUAGCGAACACAAUCACUUGUAACAAGCGAUUGAUCGCCGGCGAAUCCAUAACGGACUCUCCCGUCACAAUUGUCCAAAAUGAUGACGUAGUAAAAUACCAGGUGGAUUUUCAAGAAAAGGAUUUCUUUAUUUCUCCCCAAGAGGUUCUGACCCAUAUAUACAAGUAUAUGCAUGAUAUUGCCGCGUCUCACUGCGCUAAUGUUGACGAGAGUAACACUGUGAUUACCGUCCCUCUGGGGUUCUCGGAGGAGCAGCGGGAGAUUGUCAAGAAAAGUGCAACUGCUGCUGGAUUCCGGGUUGUACAGGUUGUUAAUGAACCUGUAGCCGCUUGUUUAGCACAUGGAAUAGAACAAUAUCAGGAUCGACGUUAUGUCUUGGUGUAUAGAGUAGGAGGAUCUACCAUGACCGCUACUGUGCUGCUUGUCAGUGGGGGCUGCUACUCAAUUUUAGACUCAUCGGAAAUCAAGACUGGAGGUGCUGCUGUUACUGAGGUGCUGGUUGGUUAUCUCGGAAAAGAAUUCAUGAAUAAAUACAAGGAGGACAUCCUCUGCAACAGGAGAGGUCGGGUCAAACUUGCUGUAGAGGCCGAGAAAUGUAAACACGUUCUUUCUACUUUAGACACAGCUCACUGUUAUGUUGAAUCCUUAUAUGAUGGAUUAGAUUUCUCAACUAAUGUUACAAGGGCUAGGUUCGACAACGAACUUUCAAAGGUUGCUGUAGAGUUGAUAGCUCCUAUCUCUGCUCUUCUGACCAAGUGUAAUCUUACUACUGCUGAUAUAAACAACCUGGUCCUGGCUGGGGGGACAACUAAGGUUGUAAAGAUCCAGAAGCAGCUGGCCAGUAUGUUCCCUGGAGCGGAGAUGAGUCUCAACAUUUCUCCGGACGAAUGUAUCGCUAUUGGAGCCGCAGUUCAGGCCAGCUUGAUAACGAAGGAUGUUACUCUGAGUGGAGCAGUGAAAAUGUUGGCGGUAUCCCGAGAUAUUCUCGCCAUAUCGCCGAUAUUUGACGGCGGUAAAUCCGUCCUGGUCUACCAAGAUACGGCGAUUCCACUUCGAAAAUCCAUACCGGUGCCUCUUCCGGCGGAUACGGUGGAGGUUUGCGUGAAGAUUGUGUAUUCACCGGAUACUGAGUUGGCGGAGCUGAAACUAGCGGUGGAGAAACAAUCCAAACUUUAUCUAGGUGUUCAUGUGCACAGAGACGGCAGUUCUCACUUUACUCUCACAGACAAACAUACGGACAAAUCCACAGAUGCUCUUCUUAAGCAACACUAGAUUUAACAUAUAUUAAUAAUUUCAGAA